AUGGAAGACAGUGUGCAUCUUUUUUGUAAGUGUCCUGUUGCUGUUGAGUUCUUCUCCAUCUUAUCUUCUCAUCUUCAAAAUUCUAUUCUCCCCAAUAUGGUGUUUAAAGAAUGGAUGCUUGAACUAGCGAUACAUCUCAAGAAGGAGGUGUUUGAAAGACUUCUCAUGGGCAUUUGGUCCUUAUGGAAGAACAAAAAUGAAAUGUUAUGGGAGAACACUUCGAAACCUGGUUCUGCUCUUUUCCUAAGUUCUAUGACAUGGUUAGAUGAGUAUAAACAGGCUAGAACUUCUCCUAUUGCACCUCAACCGAAGACUAAAGCUAGCUGGCAGCCUGCACAACAUGGGGAAGUAAAAAUUAAUGUUGAUGGAGCAUUCUUGCCUACUCUAACUCAAGGGGGUCUUGGUGGUGUGAUCAGAGACUAUAAAGGUCAAUUUGUUGCAUCUUUUGCACAUCCUAUUCAGUUUGUUUCUUCAGCCAAGCAAGUGGAGCUUUUAGCUAUCAGGGCGGGAUUGGAUUUGAUUCAACAUUUGCAGCUCACACAUGCUACUAUAGAAACUGAUUGUCUUGCAGCAGUACAAGAGAUCACACAUGAGGGUGUUGCCCUCUUUCAGUUUGGUAGUAUUGUUGAUGAUAUAUGUACAGCCCUACACAACCUGCCGCAAGUCAGGAUUACUUUUGCUCCACGAACAUGUAACCAAGUAGCACAUAGACUAGCCAAUCUUGGAUUCGAAUCUGAUCGGAAACAAGCAUGGUAUAGCCAAGCUCCUAAUUGUAUUAGGGAUGUACUACAUCAUGAUUGUAACCUAUUGACAUAG